CUAAGCCAUAACGAGAGCAUUGCUGCUGCGUGUGGAAUCGUGUCCACGUCCAGUAUUCUGCAGUACCAGAACGUUCCACCAAAGAACAAAAACAAUAAUCCCGUGUUUGAAACUGCCAGAGGAUACUUGAAAGUAAAACCACGAAGAAAUAUUCCAGAAGCUCCAGUCAAGAUUUUGGAUUCGCCUUAUAUGGUCGACGAUUACUAUCUUAACCUGCUUGGAUGGUCGUGCCACAAUGUAGUCGCCGUUGCUCUCGAGCGCAGUGUCUACCUCUGGAAUGCUGAGACAGGAACAGCCAAUGUUCUCGACGAAGACCCCAAACACAUGGUCACAUCUGUAUCUUGGUCUGCCGAUGGCACUCUUUUGGCCGUCGGUGACGAGACCGGCGAAACCCAGAUCUGGGAUGUCUACAGAAGCGAACUUCUUCGCUCAAUGGGUGGUCCGACAUGUCGUGUGGGUGUUUUGGCAUGGAACAAAUGCACUGUGUCCAGCGGUGCGUAUAACGGAGUGAUUUACAACCAUGACGUCCGUAUUGAAAAACAUAACAUAUCGGAAUUCAAAGGCCAUGAUGAAGAGGUCUGUGGUCUCGAGUGGCGUUCGGACGGCGAAUAUAUAGCCAGCGGUGGCAAUGACAAUAUCUUAAAUGUUUGGGAUCCUAGACAACAUCGCAACUCGAUCAUGUCACGACAAGAACACAAGAGUGCAGUCAAGGCAAUCGCAUGGUGUCCUUGGAACCUUCCCUUACUGGCGACUGGCGGUGGACGAGAUGACAAGAAAAUACAUUUCUGGGACGCUACAAAGAACACAAAGUUGAAUACCAUUAAUGCAGGAUCUCAGAUCACCUCCUUGCGUUGGUCUCACCACUACAAAGAAAUCGUCUCUACCCACGGCUUGCCCAACAAUAACCUGACGAUCUGGGAAUAUCCAACAUGCAAUAAGAUCGCAGACAUCCAUGCACAUGAAUCCCGCAUCUUGCACUCUGCCUUGAGUCCAGACGGAGAACUUUUGGCCACUUCUUCGGCUGAUGAGAAUCUAAAAUUCUGGAAUGUAUUCAAG